AUGGCCUCCGACACAGCUUCCGAGGAGCCACGGCAGGCGACCCGCGAGGAGAUGCGUGAGGCUCGUCUCCCGCUGGCGUACCGCGAUAGCUGCGCCCACCUCCUCAUCCCUCUCAACCAGUGCCGGAGAGAGACGUGGUAUGCGCCCUGGAAGUGCGGCCCCUCUGCGUUUUACCGUCAUCCGUCCCUGCGUUGGUGUGCUGAUCGUUGGCCCGGCCGGUUACGCGUGCAGGACGAGAGACACAGCUACGAAAAAUGCCAGUACGUCGAGUUCAAGAAGCGAGUCGCCAAGAUGGAUGAGCUGCGAGAGUCGAAGAAUGGUGCGAGAAGCAACUAG